ACCCCUUCAGAUGCUCGAUAUGAGUCGGAUUGAGGAAAGAAACCCAAGAGACCCGCCGAGGCUCCACUGACCCGCACAAAAACAGCAUCUCGAGCCGACAAAACAUGGAUGAUUCGGGGAUAAUCAGACGCAGGCGGCUGCAGGAUCUUCCACUGCCCCGUAAAAACAGCAGUUGCCGCAGUAACCGGAAGAGUCUGAUUCUGACCUCCACCUCCCCGACUUUGCCCCGUCCACACUCGCCAUUACCAGGACACAUAGGAAAUAGUCCUCUGGACAGCCCUCGUAACUUCUCUCCCAGCACCCCUGCACAUUUCUCCUUCGCUUCCUCUAGACGUGAUGGGCGUCGCUGGUCGCUGGCGUCUCUUCCAUCUUCUGGAUAUGGAACCAACACACCCAGUUCAACGUCUUCCAGCUCAUCUCAGGAGCGUCUGCAUCAGCUGCCGUCUCAACCCACCAUGGACGAGCUGCACUUUCUGUCCAAACACUUUGGCAGCACAGAGAGCAUCACCGAUGACGAUGGAGGACGCUGCUCACCUCACAUAAGACCACGCUCGCGCAGCCUGAGUCCGGGUCGCUCUCACUCCUGCUACGACAAUGAGAUCAUCAUGAUGAAUCAUGUUUACAGGGAACGCUUCCCUAAGGCCACGGCACAGAUGGAGGGCAGGUUGUGUGAUUUUGUCCACUCGUACUGUCCUGAGAACGUCCUGCCGCUGGCCGACGGGGUCCUGAGCUUCAUCCAUCACCAGAUCAUCGAGCUGUCCAGAGACUGCCUAACCAAAUCUAGAGAAGGCCUCAUCACAUCUGUCUACUUCUUUGAGCUGCAGGAGAACCUGGAGAAACUUCUGGAUGAUGCGUAUAAACGGUCAGAGAGCUCAGAGUUGACCUUCGUCACAGAGUUGGUGAAGAAGAUCUUCUUCAUCAUCGCUCGACCUGCUCGACUUCUGGAGUGUUUGGAGUUUAACCCUGAAGAGUUCUACCAUCUGCUGGAAGCGGCUGAAGAUCACGCUAAAGAAGGUCACCUGAUGAAGACAGACAUCCCGCGCUACAUCAUCAGUCAGCUGGGUCUGACACGAGACCCUCUGGAGGAGAUGGUCAGUCGGGAGCAUUAUGACAGCGAGGGUCCCGUCACACCAGAGACAGACGAUUCUGCAGAGGGAAAAAUAAAACCCAUGAAGCCACCAGGAGAGGCAGAUUUCCAGACCAUCAAACUCAUCAGCAAUGGAGCCUACGGCGAGGUGUAUCUGGUCCGUCAUCUGGAGACCCGACAGCGCUUCGCGAUGAAGAAAAUCAACAAGCAGAACCUGAUUCUGAGGAACCAAAUCCAGCAGGCGUUUGUGGAGCGAGACAUCCUGACCUUUGCUGAGAACCCGUUCGUGGUCAGCAUGUUCUGCUCCUUUGAGACCAGAAGACACCUGUGUAUGGUCAUGGAGUAUGUGGAGGGAGGUGAUUGUGCCACACUGCUCAAAAACAUCGGAGCGCUGCCUGUGGAAAUGGCCCGAAUGUACUUUGCGGAAACUGUCCUGGCUCUCGAGUACAUCCACAACUACGGCAUCGUGCAUCGAGAUCUCAAACCUGACAAUCUGCUCAUCACGUCAAUGGGUCACAUUAAACUCACCGAUUUCGGUUUGUCCAAAAUGGGCCUCAUGAGUCUCACCACAAACCUGUAUGAAGGACACAUCGAGAAGGACACCAGGGAGUUCCUGGAUAAACAGGUUUGUGGCACACCGGAGUACAUCGCCCCGGAGGUGAUCCUGCGGCAGGGCUACGGGAAGCCGGUGGACUGGUGGGCGAUGGGCAUCAUCCUCUAUGAGUUCCUGGUGGGCUGCGUGCCGUUCUUCGGCGACACUCCAGAGGAGCUGUUCGGUCAGGUGAUCUCAGAUGAUAUUGUGUGGCCCGAGGAUGAUGACGCACUUCCUCCUGACGCACAGCACCUGAUCUCAUCUUUACUUCAGACCAGCCCACUUCUCAGACUAGGCACAGGCGGAGCGUUUGAGGUGAAGCAGCAUCCGUUCUUCUGCGAUCUGGACUGGAGCAGUUUACUCCGCCAGAAAGCUGAGUUCAUCCCUCAUCUGGAGUCUGAAGAAGACACCAGCUACUUCGACACACGAUCAGAGCGAUAUCAUCACGUUCACUCGUACGAUGAAGACGACACCAAUGAUGACGAGCCUGUGGAGAUUCACCGCUUCUCCUCCUGCUCGCCACGAUUCAGCAAGGUGUACAGCAGCAUGGAGCAUCUGUCCCAGCUGGAGCACAAGCCUGUGGUGACCCGCCGAGAGCCCAAACCUCACAGACAAGACCGAGCCAAGAGAGAGAGCAUGGGCAGCCUGACCCUCCGAGACAAGACGUGGAGGACCGGAUCCCCGGAGAUGAAGCGUCUGUCGUGUUCGGAGUCGUCCUUCACUGAAUCAGAUUCCAGUCCUCCCGGAGCUCGCCGCCGUUUCUCAGCGCUGAUGGACACACACCGCUUCGCUUCUCCACUAGAGGGAGACAGUGACACACACACGCGCCAGCCACCGGUCAAAACCAGAGGGACGUCCCUAGAGGGCGCCAGUGUUCCCGUCAGCUCCUCACUGGUGGAGUCCAGCUCUGCCGCCUCAGUGGGACAUCCCGGAGACAAGCUUCUGCGUCCUACUGAAUGUCCAUCAGCUCCUCUGCACAUGCCGGAGCCCUUCAGUGCGCGAGUAGGAAGUGACCUCGUCUUACGAAGAGCACGACAUCAUCAGAUACCGAGCGACAGUGAGAAACGAACCGCCACUCGCUCCGGCACAAAGGUCAUAAAGUCGGCCUCCGCCACGGCGCUGUCUGUCAUUAUACCUGCGGUUGAGCAGCAUGGUACAUCUCCAUUGGCCAGUCCCAUGUCUCCUCGCUCCGUCUCAUCCAAUCCCUCAUCUCGUGACUCAUCUCCGAGUCGUGAUUAUUCGCCUACGGUCAAUGUCCUGCGCUCACCGAUCACCAUCCAUCGCUCUGGGAAGAAGUACGGCUUCACUCUACGCGCCAUCAGAGUCUACAUGGGCGACAGUCACGUGUAUAGCGUACAUCACAUGGUCUGGCAUGUAGAAUGUGGUGGGCCGGCCCAGGAGGCGGGGCUUUGUGCUGGUGACCUCAUCACCCAUGUGAAUGGAGAGCCUGUGCACGGAUUGGUGCACACAGAGGUGGUGGAGCUCAUUCUGAAGAGUGGCAGCAAAGUAACGGUGACGACUACUCCAUUCGAAAACACCUCCAUAAAGAUUGGUCCCGCCAGGAAGCUGAGCUACAAAGCCAAGAUGGCCAGACGCAACAAGAAAUCAGCAGCAAAAGAUGGACAAGAGAGUAAGAAGCGCAGCUCUCUCUUUCGUAAGAUCACUAAGCAGUCAAACCUUCUUCACACCAGUCGUAGUCUGUCUUCUCUGAAUCGCUCGCUGUCAUCUGGAGACAGUCUGCCUGGAUCUCCUACACAUAACCUGUCUGCCCGCUCUCCGACACAGACGUACCGCUCUCCGCCAGACUCCACCUACCUCGGCACGUCAUCUCAGAGCAGCUCUCCCGCAUCCAGCACACCAAACUCGCCUGCUACAUCCCAGCACAUGCGCCCAAGCUCUCUUUAUGGCCUCUCACCGAAACUCCACCGCCAGUAUCGUUCUGCACGCUGCAAAUCUGCCGGGAAUAUUCCUCUGUCCCCAUUGGCUCACACACCAUCCCCGACAUCAUCCUCUCCACCACCCAUAGCAGGACACAUCGUUGGCAGCUCCAACACCACCCAGGCCUUCCCUGCCAAGCUUCACGCCUCCCCUCCAAUAACACGUCCACGGCCUAAAAGUGCAGAACCACCCCGAUCUCCUCUUCUCCAAAGGGUGCAGUCUGCCGAGAAGCUCGGUCCAUCUUCUCCACCAUCCUCCUCAUCUUCGGAUAGGAAAGGAGGGCUUGGCAUUAGAAAGCAUGGUUUGGAUGUUGUGCAUGCCGAAUACCGCCGGGAGUCCUUUCACUGUGAGCAUGCCCUCCAGAGCUUGAUGGAAAUAGAGGGAGAAAACACGCCCGGCGCUCUGCCCUCUCCACCUGAUCAAACACCCACGCACAUGCCUGUCCAGCACAUGCUAAGUCCAGCAAGGCAACUUGGGAGGCAAGACUCAAUAAUGGAUAGAGAGUUCGAAGGGAAAUCGAAGCAGGCUGACUCAAGUGAAGCAGUUUUGAAGACUGCAUCAAAAACUGAACCAGUAGCAAUCAUCGUAGAUCUUAAAUCAACCCCGUUGGGUGAAACAACCCAGAAGGAUAAAGUAGCCUCUAAGUUUGAGUCUUCCCAAGUUUCAGUUGCCUCAAUGGGAAAGGAUGUAGCCAAGGAUGUGGGAAAGAUAGAAUCUUCUAGUACUUUGGUAACUGGCCCCAAGAUCCUGGAUCGGACACCAGUUGUCCAGUGCUCGGGAGUUCAGGAACUCAAACCUCAUAGCCUUCAAACCGAGAGUCCUAAAGGGCUGGAGAAUGGCAAAGACAUUGGAAAGAUCCCAGUCAAAGAGAAAACCCAAUUGACAAAGACUCCAGAGGCAAGCAAGUCAAGUAAAGGACCUUUAAAUGUUGAGGGGACUGGAUCUGGUUCUAUUGGUACACCUAAAAUCUCAGAAGCAGUUCCAAGCCAGUCUAAAAGCAUUCAAGAAUGGGCUCAAACUCCAUCAGGGUCAACUAGAGGCCCUCAAGAGGAAAGAUGUCGCCUCGAAGCAGUCGAAGACUCUCCAGCCUCUCCAUCUCCAAUCGCUAGGUCACCUUGCACAAGCAAAUCACGCGCCAUUUCUCCUGGUGACAGGUCCAGCUUUGUGACCCAGCUGACCAGUGUGGCUAAAACUGUGCUUGGGCCGAUGAAGUUGGGCUCCCAGGAUGGGGGGAAGGCCAAGGACAGCUCCAAGACUAAUGAGGACAAACGAGCCGCCACGCUGGGAAAGUCCGAGGCCUCAUCUGGGGGUCGCAGAGGAUUGACGGGAACUUGGCCUGGCCCUGGGUCAUCAUCAAAGCCUGAAAAGGCAUCAAAGAGCUCUUCCAAGCAUUCAUAAUAUUCUCAUUGAAAUAUACUAUUGGGAACUUUAUAUGGGAUGCAUUGCCAGUAGAUGUCCAAAUGCAGACCAAGUUUAAAAAAGACUCUACAGCCAUCAAACCAAGAUAUCUACGAGAAAAAAAUCGUAAACAAGAAAAGGUGCUUCAAAAUGAUCGUUGUCAAACAUGUUUGUUUGUGCAUAUGCCAUAAAUAUAUAUGCACCAUCAUAUGUGGAUGUAGACACACAAAAAAACAGUAUAGCUGCGUCCGAAAUUGCAUACUUCCCUACUAUAUAAUAUGUGAAAAAUAGCGUGUGAGCCAAGUAGCAUGUUUGAAUUAAUAGUAUUGGAUAAACAAUAGGUGAGAUGUACCUGGAUGACCUACUACUUCUGGUGAGAUUAUGAAGUGUGUAUCCAAUGGACACUUAACUUACCCUUCAGACUAUGUGAGAGCAUUUAUGAAUGGGGUGAAGCGACGCAACUGACAUUGAUAGGUCAUGUGAUAAUGAUAAGAUGGAGGAUGUAGUACGUCUGAAUUCCAUUCAUACUACUCACAUUCAUACUGUAUUGAACACACUUUUCUAAGAGUUGUGAAGUAAACUCAAAUUCAAAUGUAGUACCUACACUAGUACUAUGCGAUUUCGGAUGCAGCUUAUGUCUUUAGAUGCAUGUUAUAUGUAUAUUGUGAAUAGAAGAGUCAAAAAAUAAGAUAUGAAAAAUGAAGACCUAAUGCUAGUGAACACUGCACAUUCAAUCAUUCCUGCCCGCUCUAUAGAGGGCAUGACCUGUCAGCCAUCACCAUAUCAAUCAACCAAUUUGUCAGACUUAGAUGUGAGAAGUAGUUAAACUGUUUACCUAGUGAUCGACACGAUAGAUCCAAACAAUCUCAUUCCAGUACCUCAGCUAUACUGUUAAACUGCCAACAGUAGCUCGAUACUAGAAACGGCGGAAUGUUUAGGGGUGUUUAACUAGUGGAAAUGGGAAAUGAUUGUUGCACAAGGACAGAACCAUGUGUAUAUAUGCUCGUUUAUCCUGUCUUAAUUACAUUUGCACUGGAAAUUCCCAGCAAAAGUCAACAUGAAAUCUACAUUUUUUACUUUUUUGAUGUGCGCACUCCACACGAUUCAACAGUGCAAAGCUUUUUCAGAUAGCACCACCUUGGCCGUGCAAAUUGUUUAACCAGAAGACCUUAAUCAGGGUAGCUAGCACCAUUACUCCUAAAGGGCUGGAGAAUGGCAAAGAAAUUGUAAAGACCCCACUGAAAGAGAAAACCCAAUUGUCAAAGACUCCAGAGGCAAGCAAGUCAAGUAAGGGACCUUUAAAUGUUGAGGGGACUGGAUCUGGUUCUAUUGGUACACCUAAAAUCUCAGAAGCAGUUCCAAGCUAGUCUAAAAUCAUUCAAGAAUAGGCUCAAACUCCAACAGGGUCAACUCAAGGCCCUCAAGAGGAAAGAUGUCACCUUGAAGCAGUCAAAGACUCUCCAGCCUCUCCAUCUCCAACUGCUAGGUCA